AUGGGCUCAAACGUGAGAGUUGCUCUGCCUGAGCACUGGACGGAGCUCAGUGCCGCCAGGAUCCACAGACAACAAUGCGCCGAUGAGGUGGACACCAUAAAGAGAACAUGUCUAGAAGAAUGCGGCAAACGAAGCGUGGUGGACUGUGAAAAAUGCUUCCCCAAAGUUCUGGAAAGGAUGCGCGCCCGUUACUGUGACGCCGAGGGCAGAGAGUGGUUUUCACAGCGAAGAGCGUUCCUCAAUGAGCUAGACGUUCUUUUUACCGACGUCAAAGAUCACAAGAAGAUGGAUCUCAAAGCCAUUGAGGACAGCAUUGCUUCCGAAAAGGAGGCAUGGUACCGCUGGGUGCUGCGCAUGUAUCCGCGGUUCCUCUCGGUAGGAGACAGAGGGGCCGACCCCGACGAAUUAAGAGCCAUGUUGGAUGACCCCGUUAAGAGACGCGAGGAACUCAUCGAGAGAAUCUGGGAAGGUGUUGGGAAGCCAGUCAACUGGGAGUCCGACGUAGAAUCGCUGAUAGAGAAGAUGGCAGCUGUCAAAAACGAUGCAACGGCUCUGAAGCAGCUUUACAUUGAUCUCUUCUUUAAAGACUCAGAAACAGGAGAGGCUGUGGAAAACGCGCAGCCAUAUCUGGAAGCAUACGAGACAAGCGACACGAUGUCCAUUGAGCAGGUCAUUGACCGCAUCGCGCAGGAUCUUAAGGCGAGCCGCACGACAGAACCUCAACGGGAUACGCACAGAGGUCGUCUCGAUGAGCUACGGAGAGCAAAGAUGGCGUUUGAACAGAACAGGCUGCAGAACAAGAGUCGGGCUCAAGCAAACCAAACGCCAGCCGUGUCUGAUUAUCUGUACGACCUACCACCAUGUUCUGUUUGCUCAAAAUCGGUGGACGCUAAGAAUGUCCUCUCAUGCCCUCUUUGCCAAGCACUUGUCCAGCUUGGUGGCCGUCGGAAGAUGACGGUAUACUGCUCGGACGAGUGCCAAGGCAAGGGCUUUGAUGAUCACAUCGAUAAGGAGCACGACUGUGAGGCAGGGGAUAGAUGUAUACAAACCGACUAUGAGGAAUGCGACACAGGAGCAGAAUCAGCGUCGGAGGCUGUGGUUUGCAAAGACUGCGUCGACCAGUGUGACAUACGCGAGCAAGGUGCUAUAGAGACUCAUCAACCGCCUCCCCCUCCUCCUCCAGCGCCAUCAAAGACUUUCACCAUUGACUUCGAAGUUUCUACCCAGCCAGAAGUGGAUGAGAACUUUGAUGACUUGCGUGAAUCGCACGCGCAAUUCAUUGAAUCCAUAUUUCCUGCAGAUGGCGAUACAGAUCUCAGCAGUUUUCAAGACUCUCCGCUCACAAGCUUACCGACGCCGUCUUCAUCGCAUACGCAUCCCAUACAGUCUCUGCAUGCGAAGCCCCAGUUCAACCUCGACUCUGCCGAAUCUCUGUUGGUUUCUUUCCGGGGAAUGCUGGCCCACUAUCCUGUCAUCGUUCUCCGGCCUGACGAGACGGUGGCUAGUCUUGCUGCGACGAAACCAUUUGUUCUCUUAGCCAUUUUGGCUGCAGCCUCUGGGUCGCGGACUUUACAGGGGCAUAGUCUUUAUGAUGAGGAGUUUCGGAAAGUCCUGGGGCUCAAGUUUGUUGCUGGUGGUGAAAGGAGUAUCUCCCUACUACAGGGCAUUCUAAUUUACUGCGCUUGGUAUCCGUUCCACCUACGUCCCAAGAACAAACAGGCCUACCAGUACUACCGCAUGGCUGGCGAUCUCGCAAGCGAUCUCGACCUCGACCAAGAAUCAGCAUAUCUUACCAGCACAAUUCCUGGAGAAAUGAGUAGCGCCAAGCUCGAUCAACUACGAGCGUAUCUAGCAUACCACUAUGCUUUGACAAACUUCAUGUUCACAUUCAAGAUGCAGCACCUGAUUCCUGCGUGGACCCCCUGGACAGACAAAUGUUGCGAUCUUCUGCAGCGACAUGCUGAAGUUGACGGUGAUCUCGCCCAUCUAUUCUUCGACGUCUUUCUCCAAGGCGGCGCCGUAUUCUAUCUCACCCGUGCAAACCCCAAGAAGCCAAGUUUUAUCAACCCUUCAUCGACCCGCCUCAUCCGCUGUGUCAACAACAUGCGCACUCUUUUCGACUACCUCAUGAACCUCGAAACCUUCACACAUUUCACAAGCAUUGACUGGGAAAAGUUCAUUCUGUCCGUCAUCCUCGCUGUGCGCCUCUCCUUCCCUAUCACUGCUGUCCUCGACUGGGACCAUGCCUGGGCACGCUCACAACUGCGGUUUGACGAGUUUCUUGAGUUCAUGUGUGAGGGUCCUGAGGAUCUAACACCGGCUAGCAAACGUGUAGAUGUGCUAUCUGCAAGCCGUGUUGUUCUACGUGUAGUCAAGGCGAAAUAUGACCGUCGCGUUGACAUGCUUACAACAGGUCUCAGCAACACUUUAGGACGUCAAGGGUGCCCCAUGUUUGACAAAGACAUGCAGCCAUACUUACCGGCGUGGGACACAGAAAUCGACAUGAGUUCUGUACUGCCUGCAAUGAACAUGAACUUGGAAGGGCAACAGCCCAUGUAUCAUGAUCUAUGGGCAACCAUGACCAUGAGCUGGGCGAAUGAUGGUGGCACGAUGGAUAUGUGA